AUGGCUAGCUCGGCCCUGGGAGCCAUCCUCGCUGUGCUGGCCUCGCUCAUCAUCACUGCCAAUGCACUGGUGGCUGUUGCGCUCCUUCGCCUCAUCCAGAAGAGCGGCUCCAAGGGGCUCUAUUUUGUCCUUAAUCUUGCUGUUGCGGAUGCCAUGGUUGGCUUUACAGUCAUGGGUCUGGUCAUGGAUGAGUUUUCCCAGCCCUUAUAUCGACCCCAGAUCUUCUGCGUCCUGAGAAUGGCUUUUGUGACCUCCUCUUCUGCUGCCUCUAUCCUAUCCCUGAUUCUGGUUGCAUGUGACAGGCACCUGGCAAUCAGGAAGCCUUUCCACUAUUUCCAGCUGGUGACAGGCCUGCGGGUCGGAGUGCGCUUGGUGGGGCUCUGGCUGCUCGCUGCCAUCAUCGGCUUCCUCCCAGUCCUCUCCCCAGGUUUUCAGAAGGUCUCUGCUGAUGGGAAGUGCUCCUUCUUCGGGGUCUUCCACCCCACCUACAUGCUCACCGUCUUCUGCGUCGGCUUCUUCCCAGCGCUCUUUCUCUUCAUUUAUCUCUACUGCGACAUGCUGAAAAUUGCCUCGGUGCACGUGCAGCACAUCCAGGAAGUGGAGCAUGCAGGGCUGGCGCGCAGCUGCCCCCCAUCCCGCACCACCAGCGACAUGAAGGCCAUGCGAACCGUGGCUGUGCUCAUCGGGUGCUUCACGCUCUCCUGGUUGCCAUUCUUCAUUGCCAGCAUCGUGCAAACUGUCUGCACUGAGUGCUUCCCCUACAAAGUCAUUGAGAACUACCUCUGGCUGCUGGGACUCUGCAACUCUCUCCUGAACCCCCUGCUCUACUCCUGCUGGCAGAAGGACGUGCGGCUGCAGCUCUCCCAGCUGGCUGCAGGUGUGAAAAGAAGAGUUCUCUUUCACCUGGGGAACGGCCGCUGUUUCCCUGGCAGAGGCACCAAACCUCUCCCCACUGUGUCCUGCCUGCAGCUUCAGGACUGACACGGUAAGGAGCGGCUGCCACCAGCUUUCCAAGCUUUCCAGCUUAUCUCCUGCAUUGCGACCAUGAACUCGGGGCCCACAAGCUGUGGAGGAGACCACAGACAGGGUGGAACCUACCUGGAUGCUAACUCCCAGACAUCAGCGUGGCCAAAUUCCAGCCAGCCCACAGCCUCACAGGGGCACAGCACAGCCUGUUUUGCACCAGCCCCAGGCACCCCAAAUUGCAGGUGUGUGGCACACAUUAGGUUUUUGCCUGGAGAGCCUUGGCAAGAGCAGCCUUCUGCCUCUUGGGACCAAGCCCUCAGCACUCAUUCCACAGGCUGAGAUCCUUUACCUGUCACUGCCUGGCUUCCCCUGCCCAGCCCUGGGAUCCACCUGCCCUCCCCUCUGCCCACAGUGCCAGCUCUCCAGGUGAUGAGCCCCAGGCACCUGGGGCAGGGCUGCUCACACAGCACUGGCUCUGUCACCUUUGGCUCCUGGCCCCGGUGGCGGAGGCUGGGAGGUGUGCACAAGUCCUAAAUCCAUCUGGGACCACAAGCGCUCCCAGUCACUGCCCUUCCUAAAUCAAACUCAUGAUCCUACAGCUGCUGGCUGAGCCACCCCCUAAACCUGUCUCCUGCUGCAGUCAAACCUGCAGCCAGAGAGGUGGCAGGGUUGUCCCCACUCUGGGUUGUGCCCACCCAAGGCAGAGGCAGGGGGUAGGGGUCUGAGCUUGCUGCCGUGCCACUGGGACCACACAGAGGGCUCCUGCUGUUCCUCGGCUGCUGCCGUGUCUGCCCAGGAGCUAGCAUGGCAAGCGCAGAGCAGCUGCAGACACUGCACACCAGGGAGAGGUGCAGGGCAGCACAGACUGAGCUGUUGCUGUUUGGCCUGGGCUGUAAAGUGAGUUAAUGAGUGACUGGCUGAAUGCCGAGCUGUGGCAAAGGAGCUGGAGGAACGGCUGCCUCAGAGCCAGGGAAAGCCCCAUGCAGGAGGGUUGCUUUGUCCUAUCAGGGCUGUAGGGCUGGAUUUGGGACUGCAAGGGUCCCUACACACCAACUCAUCCCAGGAGCACACGUCUGCAUGCCCUGCCACAUAGCAUUGGUGGCCAGACUGCUGACCUUGCCAGAGGCUAUGAUGAUAUUUAAUUGCUUCUCAUAAAAUUAUGUCCAUUUAA